AUGUCAGGAUUUGUUCAAUCUACUACACCACUAAUAAGUUCCUCUUUAUCUUUUAUAUCUUCAAAAAAUCAUGAUUCAAAAAAACUACCAAAGUUUUCCUUUAAGAAGUUACAUAUAUUUCUUUAUAUUAGUACAGCCCUACUUAUUUCUCUCUUUAAUAAAAAUAAUGCAAUUGGAGACUUUCAUAAAAGUUCAAGAGGAGAAAGAUGUUUAAGCGCCAAAAGCACGACAAAAGGAAUAGAGGAUCUUGAAGAGAUAAAAGAGAUUAAAGAUCACAUAAAAGAACUUGAAAAUAUUGAAUUAUUUGAAAUUUUAGAUGUCCCGCAAUCUUUAGAUGAGUCACACUUAGAGAGGCAACAUCUAGAUAAUUCUCAAGAAUUAAAAGAUUUACGUUCUAAAAAUGAGUUAUAUUUAGAAGACAUUCAAAAGUUACCAACAUUUUUAGAACAUAUAUAUCCCAGCAAUUCAAGUUGUCUGAAAUCAGAACAAGAAAAUAAAAAAGAAUUAGAAUUAGAAUUAGAUGAUUUUGAAGAAGAGAUAUUCCUUUCAAUGGAGAAUUUGAAUAAUCGCAGAAGAGAAGAAAAUAUGAGAAUAGCUAUGUUGAAAAAGAAAUCAGAAGAAAACAAAUGGUAUAAUAGUGAAAAAGAAAAAUUAAAAAAAAAAGAAGAAGAGAGAAAAAAAUGUAAUAAAAGUAAAAAAAAAAUGUUUAAAAAUAAAUGGAAAAAAAUUAAAAAGGAAAAUAAAAAAUCAUUAGAUAAAGAAAUAAAAUAUUUGAAGAAAAAAGCUAAGUUGAGAAGAAAUUACCAAAAAAUUAUGGAGAAGUUAAAGUUAAAAAGAGCAAAUAUAGAGUUGAAGGAACAAAAUUUUGAAAAAUAUAAGGAGAUAAAAAAAAAUGCGUUAAAAACAAAAUGGGAAAUGAUAAGAGAAGAAGAAAUUCUUAAAUUAGAUAAGGAAGAAAGAAAGAGGGAUGAAGGAAUAGCAAAGGAAGAUGAGAGGAUUAAAGCAGAAAGAUCGGAGAGUUAUAAUAAAAGUCAAGGAAUUCGUGAAUGCGAUGAGAGAAUGAGGCGAUCGAGAGAAAGAUAUUACCAAAGAGAAAGGAAGAAAAAAUUGAUAGAUAUUGAGAAAAAUAUUAGGUCUGAGGAGAGAAAGGAAGAAGAUAAAUUAGACAAAAAGUUAUUGAAAAAAGAAAAAAAAUUAACGGAGAAGAAAAAUGACUUUAAUAGAAAGUUAAAAGAACAUAUUGAUUAUUGUAAAGUGACAAAAGAGUAUAUGGAAAAAAAAAUUAAAAGAGAUGCAGAUAAGAAAAAAUUAAACCAAGAUAGAAUUAAUAGAAAGAUUUAUGAAGAAUAUGAAGAAAAUAGGCUUAAACAUAAUAAAGAGGAAAACAAGGAAUACAAAAAAUCCGGAUUUGAUAACUUGGAAAAAAAAUGGAAAAAUAAAAAAGAAACAGAGAAUGAUCUAAUUGAGAAAGAGUUUAAAGCAAAGAAAAAAAUUCAAAAAGUAGAGAAAAAGAGAAGAAGAAAACAUGAAGAUAAAAAUCUAAAAAAUAUGGUGGAAAAUAAAGAGAAGGAGAGAAAAGAAAAUCUAGAGCGAAGAAAAAUUGAAGAAUUAAAUGCAAAAGAAGAUAAAAUAAAUGAAGACGAAAUAGAAGAAAUAAGUAGCAGACGAAAUAGGUGGAAUGAUGAAGAAACAGGAAAAUUUGAAGAAAUAUUUGAGAGUUAA